UGAAUUUUUUGAAGCUAGUAGUGCAAAACGGUUUCGGUAUCGGUUCGCGUUUCGCGCCAAUGGAAUAAGCGGAGUAAGUGGUUCUGGAGUAUGUGGCUGGCUAACAGAAAAUUAAUUAUUUAUAUUUUUGAGGCAACAGAUUAUUUAAAAAAAAAAGAAAAAUAAUAAUAAAAGAAAGAAGAUUUUAAGGUUGAAAGUAUCUUGUGCGAUUUGAUCAAAACGCGGUAAUAAUUAUAAUUGAAAUUACAAAAAAAAAUUUAAUUAAAAAAGGAUCAUAACUCUAUCAUUGGUGGUUGCACAUAUUACUAAUCUAACAUUCAACAACAUUUUAAGAUUAUUAGUUCGAACAAUAGAAGCGUUGUUUUUCGCGCGGGGAUUCCGUUUUUUAAAAAGUGAAUUUAUGAGUUAACAACUUCUAAUGAAAGAAUUGUGCAAUAAAUUGAUUGAAAGUGUUGUGUGAAAUAAGUGAAUUGUAAUAUAAUUAAAAUUAAUUUAAUACUGUACGGUAUCGAUUAUUUUUCGGUAAAGUUAAAAAAAAAAAAAAUAUAUAUAACUUUUCUACAAAAUAAAAACUUUGUACAAAGCAAAAGUUAACUGGGUUCUUGAAUAAAAUUGUUCGUUUGAUUAAUAAUAAGCGUUUAUUUUUUUAUUGCCCGUAUUCGUUUACUUUUGUAUUUGUUCCUUUUACAUUAACGUAAAGGGAUAUUUUCGUGACACACUUUUUUUUUGAUACUAUAUACAAUGGACAAAUUAAUUAAGCUUCAAUUAGCGGACAAGUUUUUGAUCGAGGAAAUAGUCUCACAUUUUCUGGAUGACACACGUGAAAGCAAGCCGAAGGCGUUUUACAGGGAAGCUCUAGAUGACAUAGGGGGCCUGUAUGCGGAGCUGAAGAAGAGACAUAGACAAAUAUUGGUUGCAUCAUACACUGACAAACAUAAACAUCAAAUGAUAGAAGCUGAAAUGAAAAGCAAAUUCCCAGAGAAACCACCGGAGCUAAAGAAGGACCCAAAUCAAAGUAUAAGCCAAAGGGUGGAUGUUCCCAAUAUUUCAAUAAAUUUGCCAAAAAUCACCUUGGCAAAAUUUGACGGCGAUUAUCAAAAGUGGCCUUCGUUCUAUGAUCUUUUUAAAUCUUUGGUCCAUAAUAAUGAGAUGAUUCCAGCGGUCCAGAAAUUACAGUACCUCAAAUUGCACCUUUCCGGUGAACCAGAGCAUUUAUUGAGAGCCUUUCAAGUAACAGAGGAUAAUUAUGCUGCCGCAUUCAACAUGUUGAAAGAAAGAUAUGACAACAAGCGAGUAUUAGUUAAUACUCAACUUAAAUUGCUGCUCAAUCAAAGCUUUGUAAAUCAGGAGACGGCUACGGCAGUUAAAAAAUUACUGGACACUACUAAUGAAUGCUUACAGGCAUUAAAGAAUCUACAAAUAGAUGUGGAGGGCUGGGAUCCUAUAAUAGUUUAUCUCAUCGUGCAAAAACUGCCAACCGAGACACAUCAGCUAUGGGAACAGAGCGUCAGCGCGGAGAAUCAAUUACCAACUUGGCGACAAUUGGAAAGUUUCCUUGAAACUCGAUUUCGGACAUUGGAGGCUAUAUCAACGAGGCGAUCUUCAUCACAUUAUAGACCUAUACAAAACGAAGCUAGUAAGCACAGGAAUAGUUGCGCUUUGCAUGCUGCUACGGAUGCAACGGCGAAUAGUAACCCACCUUGCCCUAUUUGUCGGAGCCCACACAAGGUGAAGCAAUGCAAAAGAUUUUUGGGAUUAAGGCAAAACAAAAGAUUGGAAGCUGUUAAAGGUAGGGGAUUGUGUAUCAACUGUCUUAAUUCUGGACAUAUGAUGACCACUUGCCCUAGUCAACAGAGUUGUUUUAAAUGUCAUCAACGACAUCAUACCCUAUUGCAUAGGGACAACGAAGAAAUUGGGGAUCGAAGCCUAUCACGGCGACAGCAGCAGACCGCAGUCGCGUCACAAGUACGUGCGCACUACGUCUCACAUGAUCCAUCACCUCCAACCACGGCGGGUGAAAUUUCGUCAUCGGUGCCAGCAUUCGUACCCGGCAGCAACAGCCAUGUUCACACUUGCGGCACAUCGGAUGCACACACACGACAGGUUCUACUGGCCACUGCGUGCAUUAAAAUAGUAUGUCCAGCAACGGGACGCUAUCAGAGGGCGAGAGCUCUAAUCGAUCCUGGUUCGCAGAGUUCUUUCAUCACCGAAUCAGCGGUUCAGAAUUUGAAAUUACGGAAAAACAGAACAAUAACAAAUAUACACGGUGUAUCAGAAAGCAACAUUGGCAAAUCACUAGCAAAAGUGGAUGUCAUUAUACGAGAUCUAGGAGAUUCCAAGCAGGUGCGAACUUCGGCAUUGGUUCUCAAGAAACUGACCAACUUGCUACCAGAGCGUAAUAUUCAAACCAAGGAGUGGUCACACAUAGACGGAUUGAUCCUAGCUGAUCCAAGUUAUUUUGCGAUGGGAAAAAUAGAUGUACUCAUCGGAGCAGACAUUUUUGGCCAAAUUAUUUUGGAGGGACUAAGAAAGGGUCCCCCUGGUGCAUCAAUUGCUCAAAAAUCUAUUUUUGGAUGGAUCAUAACGGGCAAUGUCGAUCAACAAAGUGUCAACACGACAUCAACAGAGACGUUCCACAUCCAAUCCGAUUUGGAUGAUAGUAUCAGAAGGUUCUGGGAGUUAGAAGAAGUACCGGAACAAACAAUAUAUACAGAAGAAGAAUUAUUAUGUGAAAAGCAUUUUUCUGAAACAUUUCGUAGACUUGAGGAUGGACGCUAUCAGGUUGAGUUACCUUUUAUACCAGGUGAGCGUCCCAUAUCACUUGGAAGUUCAAGACACAUUGCGAUUGCCAGGCUUUUCGGCAUGGAGAAGCAAUUUUCAAAAAAUGAGGUAUUGAAAGACAACUACAACAAGUGCAUAACUGAAUAUUUGCAGAUGAACCAUAUGGAGCAAGUGAAUUCAAUGGAAUUAAAAAAUCAACGACAACAAAUCAUCUCGAAUUAUUUGCCACAUCACGGCGUCAUUAAAGAAAGUAACUCAACUACAAAACUACGAGUGGUUUUUGAUGCAUCACGGCCUACUUCAAAUGGUUCAUCAUUAAAUGACAAGACAUUAAAGGGCCCGGUCAUACAAGAUGAUUUAUCUACUCUUCUAUUACGUUUUCGAAAAUAUAAAAUUGCAUUUACAGCAGAUUUGGAGAAGAUGUAUAGGCAAAUCCGAAUCGCACCGCAACAUGCCGAUUAUCAAAGGGUAGUCUGGAGAGAUUCUCCGAGACAAUUAAUUCGUGACUACAAAUUGACUACAGUAACAUUUGGUACAAAAUCAGCACCGUUUCUAGCAACACGAGUAUUAAAACAGUUGGCGAUAGAUGAAAAGGUAAACUAUCCUAUUGCAUCAAGAAUAACGUUGGAUUCAUUUUAUGUGGAUGAUCUGCUGUCGGGUGCGGAUUCUAUCGAAAGGGCAUUGGAAAUGCAAAAACAAUUAUUGAACAUGAUGACUUCGGGCGGAUUCUCAUUGCGCAAGUGGUCAUCAAACGCAGCUGAGCUACUAGAAGCCCUUCCACAAGAACAUCGAGAAAUCAAUUGGCCUUUAAAAAUUGAAGAAGCUGAAACCGUGAAAACAUUGGGCAUACAAUGGGAUCCAGCAAACGACCAAUUUUCGUAUAAAAUUUCCCUACUGGAAAAUGAUUCACAGAAAUGGACAAAGCGAACAAUAUUGUCGGAGGUUUCAAAACUAUUCGAUCCUUUCGGCUGGUUGGCACCUUGUAUCAUUAUAGCCAAGAUAAUGAUACAAAAAUUAUGGCUUUCGGGUUCAGGCUGGGAUGAUGAGGUAGAAAGGAGCUUGCACGAUGAAUGGCAGAUCUACAGGAAGACUCUUGUUCAUCUGGAAGCACUACGUAUGAACAGGUGGUUCUACUAUUCAACAUCAGCAAAUAAAAUAGAAUUACAUGGAUUUUGUGAUGCUUCGAUAAAGGCGUAUGCUGCGGUGGUCUACCUGGUUGUCAUAGACGAAAAGGGAAGCCGAAAAACUAGCAUGUUAAUUGCAAAAUCAAAGGUGGCUCCAAUAAAAACAAUAUCUUUGCCAAGACUAGAGUUGAGCGGCGCGGCAUUAUUGGCGAAACUUAUGAAAUAUGUCCAGCGAGUAUUGAAAAUUGAAAAUAUAUCGAAGGUGCAAGCUUGGACGGAUUCAGAGAUCGUGUUGGCUUAG